CCACGAGCGAUUGUCUUCUACCCUCGCCCUCUCUUCCUUCUCCCUUCCUUCCUCCCUUCCUUCUUUCCUUCCCUCUCUCCCUUCCUCUCCUCAUCCUCAUCCCCUCACCUCUUCCGCACCCUCAUCCCCGAUCCACAAGUCGUAAGAAUGGCUCCCCCAAACGUUAUCGAAGAGUCUAUCCGUCACAGGAUCGUCCUCCAAGGCGAGCCCCAGACCAAGAGCAACUACGAGCAAGGCUACAUGCCCAUGGACUUCACCAUCAAGGAAAUCCGUGAUGCCAUCCCUGCCCACCUCUUUGUCCGCGACACCACCAAAUCCAUCAUGCACGUCGCCAAGGAUCUGAUCACAAUCGCCGCCGUCUUUUAUUGUGCUACCUUCAUUGAGACCCUGCCCUCGCUCGCCCUGCGAAUCCCUGCCUGGAUCGCUUACUGGAUCAUUCAGGGCACUGUGAUGGUUGGUCCCUGGAUUUUAGCUCACGAGUGCGGCCAUGGCGCUUUCUCGGACAACAAGACCGUCAACACCAUCUUUGGCUGGACCCUCCACUCGGCUCUCCUGGUCCCAUACCAAGCAUGGCAAAUGUCCCACUCUAAGCACCACAAGGGUACCGGAUCCAUGACCAAGGACGUGGUCUUUAUUCCCGCCACCCGCUCAUACUUGGGUCUCCCUCCACUGGAAAAGAAGAACCAGGAUGACCUCUCUGAACUGGAUCAUCACCACGACCAUGAAGAGUCUAUCUUUGCUGAGACGCCUCUCUACACCCUUAUCGUCCUCGUCUUGAUCCUGACCUUUGGCUGGCCUCUUUAUCUGAUCAAGAACAUGUCUGGUCAGGAGGCGCCUCACUGGGUCAACCACUUCCAAACCAUCGCCCCUCUUUUCGAGCCCCACCAGGCCAAGAACAUUUUCUACUCGAACUGCGGUAUUGUCGCCAUGGUCUCGAUCUUGACCUAUCUCUCGAUUGUCUUCUCGCCCCUGACCGUUUUCAUGUACUAUGGCAUCCCUUACCUUGGUGUCAAUGCCUGGAUCGUCUGCAUCACUUACCUCCAGCACACCGACCCCAUGGUCCCCCACUUCCGCGACAACGUCUGGAACUUCCAGCGUGGAGCUGCCUGCACCGUCGACCGCUCCUUUGGCAAGAUUGUUGAUCACCUGCACCACCACAUCGGCGACUCGCAUCAGUGCCACCACAUGUUCUCUCAGAUGCCCUUCUACAACGCCGUUGAGGCCACCAAGCACUUGAAGGCCAAGCUUGGCAAGUACUAUCUCCAGGAUGACACACCGAUCGCCAAGGCCCUCUACCGCAACUGGCGACAAUGCAAAUUUGUUGAGGACGAGGGUGAAGUUGUCUUUUACAAGCACUAAAACUCUUCCCCAUCCAGAAGCAUGUGCCAUCGAUAUAUCACCACAAUCAUCCCUCUCUGCAUGAUACACAAGACUCUUAGAACCAUAUGCAUUUGUAUAUAUAGACCAAGUUUCUUAUUACAGUUAUGAACACUCAAAGAUCUCUCUUCAUAUGUCCCAAUGGGAAAGGCACGAGUGGGUUUACA